AUGGAGACUACCACAAAGUCCAAUGGUGAUGCCAAUAAGACCCCUGAUAAGAUCCCUGUUGCUGCUCACCCUCUAGCAGAAGAUCCAACAGAUAUUGCAUCCAAUAUCAAGUAUCAUUCUCAAUACAGUCCACAUUUUUCUCCUAUCAAAUUUGAGCCUGAGCAAGCAUACUAUGCAGCUGCAGAAAGUGUUCGUGAUCGCCUGAUACAACAAUGGAAUGAGACUUAUCUUCAUUAUCACAAAGUUGAUCCAAAGCAAACAUACUACUUAUCCAUGGAGUUUCUUCAAGGGCGAGCAUUGACUAAUGCCAUUGGGAAUCUUGAUAUUCAAGAUGCAUAUUCCAGUGCUUUGAACAAACUGGGACAUGAACUUGAAGAAAUAACUGAGCAGGAGAAAGAUAUGGCACUUGGGAAUGGUGGUUUAGGGAGACUUGCAUCUUGCUUUUUGGACUCCAUGGCAACUUUAAACCUACCAGCAUGGGGGUAUGGUUUAAGGUACAGGUAUGGCCUCUUCAAACAGAGCAUUUCUAAAUCAGGGCAAGAAGAAAUGGCAGAAGAUUGGCUCGAGAAGUUUAGUCCUUGGGAAGUUGUCAGGCAUGAUGUUGUGUUUCCUGUCAGAUUCUUUGGUCGUGUUGAAGUCCUCCCCACAGGAUCCCGAAAAUGGGUUGAUGGAGAGGUUCUACAAGCCCUAGCAUAUGACAUCCCAAUUCCUGGAUACAAAACUAAAAACACAAAUAGUCUUCGCCUUUGGGAGGCCAAAGCAAGUGCUCAGGACUUCAACUUGUUUCAGUUUAAUGAUGGACAAUAUCAGUCUGCUGCUGAGCUACAUGCUAGAGCUCAACAGAUUUGUGCUGUUCUUUAUCCUGGAGAUGCUACAGAAGAAGGAAAACUUCUUCGACUAAAGCAACAAUUUUUCCUAUGCAGUGCAUCACUGCAGGACAUUAUUUCAAGAUUCAAGGAAAGAAAAGAAGGAAGAAAACGGGAGUGGUCAGAGUUUCCUACAAAGGUUGCAGUGCAACUGAAUGACACACAUCCUACUCUUGCAAUACCAGAACUUAUGAGAUUGUUGAUGGAUGAAGAAGGGCUAGGCUGGGAUGAAGCCUGGGAUGUGACUUCAAGGUCAAUUGCUUAUACAAAUCACACUGUUCUUCCUGAGGCAUUGGAGAAAUGGUCACAAGUUGUGAUGUCAAAGCUUCUUCCUCGCCACAUGGAAAUUAUAGAAGAAAUUGACAAACGGUUUAUUGCGAUGAUAAAGUCAACACGUCCUGACCUUGAGAGUAAGAUUUCUGAUAUGCGGAUUUUGGAUCAUAACCCUAAUAAGCCGGUUGUCCGCAUGGCAAACUUGUGUGUGGUUUCUGGGCAUACGGUUAAUGGUGUAGCACAAUUGCACAGUGACAUCUUAAAGGCAGAGUUAUUUGCAGAUUAUGUGUCAAUAUGGCCAAACAAGUUCCAAAAUAAGACCAAUGGCAUUACUCCUAGACGUUGGCUCAGAUUUUGUAGUCCUGAACUUAGUCAGAUCAUAACAAAAUGGUUAAAAACAGACAACUGGGUCACCAACCUAGACCUACUUGUGGGUCUGCGGGAGUUUGCUGACAAUCCAGAACUUCAAGCUGAAUGGGAGUCAGCCAAGAUGGCCAACAAACAGAGAUUAGCACAGUACAUACUGAAAGUAACAGGCGAAACAAUUGACCCAAAUACCCUUUUCGAUAUUCAAGUGAAGCGCAUCCAUGAAUAUAAAAGACAGCUGUUGAAUAUCUUGGGUGCUGUUUAUAGGUACAAGAAACUAAAGGAAAUGAGCCCUGAAGAGCGAAAAGCCACAACACCAAGGACAAUCAUGAUUGGAGGGAAAGCAUUUGCAACAUAUACAAAUGCUAAAAGAAUAGUCAAACUUGUGGAUGAUGUUGGUGCUGUUGUGAACACCGAUCCUGAAGUUAAUGAAUACUUGAAGGUGGUUUUUGUGCCUAAUUACAAUGUAUCUGUGGCGGAGGUACUUAUACCAGGAAGUACAUUAGAUGGGGCUAAUGUUGAAAUCAGGGAGGAAGUUGGAGAGGACAAUUUUUUCCUUUUUGGAGCAACAGCAGAUGAAGUUCCCAAGCUCAGGAAAGACCGAGAAAAUGGACUGUUUAAACCGGAUCCUCGAUACGAAGAGGCUAAAGAGUUCAUAAGAUCAAAGGCGUUUGGAAACUAUGACUACAACCCACUUCUUGAUUCUCUAGAAGGGAACUCUGGGUAUGGGCGUGGGGAUUACUUUCUUGUUGGACAUGACUUCCCAACCUACAUAGACAUUCAAGCUAAAGUGGAUGAAGCAUAUAAGGAUAGGAAAAGAUGGAUAAAGAUGUCGAUUUUGAGCACAGCUGGCAGUGGGAAGUUUAGUAGUGACAGAACUAUCUCUCAAUAUGCAAAGGAGAUUUGGAACAUACACGAAUGCCCUGUGCCAUAAUAAUAAUAAUUGCAUAGUUCCAGCCUCCACCUCAAGUGGUAACAUAUUUUAGCUACUUUUUAGAAAGAAUAGUGGCAAAGAAAGAUGGUUGGAUAUAAUAAAUAAGUUUCGUUUCAUGUUUAUAAUGUUUAUUAUGUAUUAUGUAUUUUCCUAUAUUAUGUAAAUCAAGCACUUGGUAUGCCUAUAAGAGACCGAAUUUGUUUGCAUUUAUUACCCCCUUGAUCUUUUUAUUUAGA